UCCUGACAUCUGGCUUGUGCUCAAUAAUUUGAAACUUAUUUUUGUCAUCUAAUCUUGUCUGGACUGACUUACCGUAUGAAAGAAGAAUGAGCCUUGAACGUUGAAUGAAAUGAACUUGUCUUGAAUGAGACUUCCCAACAUCUAUUCUUGGGUAAAAUGAGGUUUUAUCCAAGAAUAGGUCUUAGGUCUUUAAAAUUUGUCUCAAAAAAGCUGAGACUAAAACCUAUGCAAAUAUUAAAAUAUUUCAGGUACAAUGAGGUAGGAGAAUUUGGGGGGGGGGAAUCCUUUGCUCUUGUUUUCAAUAACUUGAUCCUGUCUUGGGCUUCAAGUUGCUUAAAAUGAUUUCACACUAGUUAAGACUUGAGUCUUAGUUUGAUCUGUCUUCAAAAGGAUUUCCAGCAACACACGAGCUUGUCUUGAAGAUUAAAUCUUGAUCCUGUUAAGUCAAGAUUCAGGCUUAACUUGACUGACUUAACUUGGACUGACACUAAACGUGCCUCAAAGUUCUUUAGACUUGUCUGAAAAGACUCAAGAAACUCAACUUUCUUUCCUCUGAUCUUAUCUUUCUCAGUUCUUAAUGUCUAACAGAUUCCAAUGAAGUACCUCUUAAAUGUUAACUGAUUAAACAUCAUCACUGUGUCACCGUCCAAGCCAAUGUGUCCACGCUGAUGAAUUUAUGUAAAUUAAUCCCCAAAGCAGACGUUCUGCUGGGCUCUGACGUCAGUAAAUUGGAUAGCAAACGUCUUUUAAUGCUCUAUGGGAACAGGCAGUGCAGUACCAACGCAUUUCUAUGGACCUUUGCUCCUUCUUGUGCUGUUUAAAAACCCAGUGCAUGUGCAUUUCAAUGGGCACUCUGCAGAGGGAAGCUCAGCAUACAAAUUAGACUCCGGCUGAGUGUUUUUUGCAGCUGGUUAAAGUAAAGAAACCCUUCUACAAUCAUGACCACUUUUGAUGAUAUCUUAGAAGAAGCUGGGAAGUUUGGCCGCUGCCAGAAGCGUAUCUUCAUCCUGCUGUGUAUGGUGUCCAUGCCAUGGGCAGGUGUGUAUGUCGGGAUAGUCUUCCAGGGUUUCACCCCUGAUCACUGGUGUCGAGACCCUGCAGUGGUGGAGAGGAGAGAGGCAUGCGGUUGGAACCUGGCAGAGAGUCGCAGGCUCACAGUACCUCUGGACAACAGCUCUGGUCAGCAGAGCAGCUGUGAGCAGUACAAGGUGGACUGGAAUGCUACUGAGCUCACCUGUGACAAACAGGAGCUGGAGGACCUCAGCAGAACUCCCACAAUCAGCUGCAAACAUGGCUGGGAGUACGACUACGAGGGAAGACGGUCUUUUGUUACUGAGUUUGACCUGGUGUGCUCGAAUGCAUGGUUGGUGGACAUGUUUCAGGCCACUCUGAACGUGGGGUUCCUAGUUGGAAGUAUUGCCAUUGGCUACCUGGCUGACAGGUUUGGCAGGAAAAUGAGCUUCCUCAUAUCCAACUUGCUGAAUGGGGUUUCAGGGAUCCUGGUGGCCGUGGCUCCAAACUACAUAUCUUUACUGGUUUUCAGGACUCUCUAUGGGUUUGGAGUGAAAGGAGGCUGGGUAGCUGGAUAUGUGCUGAUCACAGAGAUCGUGGGCGUGGAGUUCAGACGUACAGUCGGAGUAAUUUACCAGAUGUUCUUCAGUAUCGGCAUCCUCAUCCUCCCUCUGCUCGCCUACUAUAUAACAGACUGGCGCUGGCUGCAGGUCGUCAUCACCAUCCCCUACAUCCUGUUCCUGUCCUACUACUGGUUCAUCCCAGAGUCUCCGAGAUGGCUUCUCUCUCAAAACCAAAACUCCAAAGCAGUGAAGAUCACAGAGGACAUAGCCAAAGAAAACAAGAUGACUCUUUCCAAGAACAUCGAGACCCUGAAAGAUGAUAACGCAGACUCAACCACCGCUUCCUUCAUGGACCUGAUCAGAACGCCAAACAUGCGAAAACACACUUUUAUCCUCAGCUAUAACUGGUUCACCAGUGCUGUCGUCUACCAGGGUUUGAUCAUGAGGCUGGGCAUUCUGGGAGGAAAUGUCUAUAUCGACUUCCUCAUCUCUGGCUUGGUGGAGUUUCCUGCCGCCUUCCUCAUCCUGUUCACCAUUGAGCGCAUCGGCCGACGCCUCCCCUUCGCCACGGCUAAUUUUGUAGCUGGAGUCUCCUGUUUCAUCACUGCCUUUAUUCCUGACAGCAUGUUUUGGUUUAAGACGGCAGUGGCAUGCAUCGGCCGAUUGGGGAUCACGAUGACCUUUGAGAUGGUGGUGUUUGUUAACACUGAGCUCUACCCGACAUUUGUCAGGAACCUCGGAGUGUCUGUUUGUUCCACUCUGUGUGAUGUUGGAGGCAUUGUGGCUCCAUUCCUGCUCUACAGACUGGCUGUGAUCUGGCUGGAGCUGCCACUCAUCAUCUUUGGGUUUCUGGCUUUCCUGGCUGGAGGUUUGGUGCUGCUGCUCCCUGAGACCAGAGGCGUACCGCUGCCCGAUACCAUCGACGACAUUGAGUUCCCAGAAAAAGCAAAGGAGAAAAUCGGACUGAAGAACCAGCAGAUGGUGAACCUGCUGCCCAACUACCAAAAUACAGCAUCCAACAAAGAUCGGGCAACUGUUUAAGCUCCUUUGCACACCAAAGUAUUUAUUUAUGCUGUUUAACAGUGUUGCUUGUGGAUAUAAUAGUUACUUCCUUGAUUUUUAUUUUAGGAGCCAAUUUGAACAAUUUCUCAGUUUUUCUUUGUGCACAGUGUUUAGUGUUUAGACUAACUUGUGUCUUUUUAUGGAACCACGUCAUACAGUUAUUAAAGUUAUCUUUAAUGCAACCAAGCUUCAAGUAUUUUCAUUUAAAACAUUUACUGUUAUAAGAUUUAAAGUGCGCCAUCAUCUGU